AUGAGGGCGGAGGCGGAGGUGGAGGAGGUGGCGGCGGCGGAGGCGGAGGCGGAGGCGACGGCUGUGGAGGCGGCAGUGGCGGCCGUGGCGGCGGCGGAGGCUCAAGAGGCGGCGGCAGCGGAGGCGGCAGCGGAGGCGGUGGCAGCGGCGGCAGAGGCGGCAGAGGCGGCGGCGAGUGUCGCCGCCCUCGCCGCCGCCGCCGCGCCGCCCGCCGCCGUCCCUCUCGACGAGCUCAUCGCGGCGACCGACGGUUUUGCCAAGGCGCGCAAGGUGGGCGAGGGAGGUUUUGGGCGCGUCUACCGCUGCGACGCGCUGCCGUCGCUGCCGCGCGUCGCUUGCGGGUUCGCGGUCAAGACGGCGUUGGUCGGUGUCGGCGCCCAAGGCCUCGCCGAGCUGCAGAGCGAGGUGCGCACGCUCAGCGCGGCGUGCCACCGGUCCCUGCUCCCUCUCCUCGGCGCCUGCUUGGCGCCGGCGAGAGCGUGCCUCGUCUACCCCCUCUGCUGCGGCGGCAGCCUCGAGGACCGCCUCUACCGCACUCCAGCCGCACUGCAGCGGCUCCGCAUGCUCGGCUUCGAGACGCCGCCUCCGCCGCUCUCCUCCGCCGCACGGCUCCGCGUGCUGCGCGACGCAGCGAGCGCGCUGCACUACUUGCACACGCUCUCUCCGAUGAUCCUGCACCGCGACGUCUCGGCGGGCAACAUCCUGCUCGACGAGCGCGGCAACGGCUACCUCGCCGACGUGGGCCUCGCGCGCGCGGCAGAGGCGACGGCCGGCAGCAAUGGACAGGUCUCGCACCUGUCGACGCAGCGUAUCUUUGGCAAGCCUGGCUACAUGGACCCGAUCAUAAUGCAGGACAACCAAGCUUCGCAGCUGACCGACGGCUACGCGCUCGGCAUCACGCUGCUCGUCAGCCUGACCGGCCGCGGCGCCGUC